GCCGCUGCAGGAGGAGAAGAAGAAGAUGAUGAUGAAGAUGAUACUGUCGGCCUGUGUCUUCAGCUGGAGUCUGGUGAUCCUCGCGUCGUCGGCGGAAAUGUUCACAUCACUGGUGAACAUGCAGCAGCUGAUCAGUGUGGAGCAGAAACUCGUCCACGACCUGAGCACAUACUUGGACCACGAGCUGGACAGACUGGAGGACAUCAGGCGCUUUCAUGCCAAAGUGUCUGAGCUGCACACUGAACUUUACAAAGGUUCGGUCACAGCCACGUCCAACCCUCUGGUGGCCUUCACCCUCAUCAAGCGGCUGCAGUCAGAGUGGCUGAACGUCGUCUACAGUAACGAAGCCUUGGAGCACUCACAAGCCCUCAGGUCCAGUUACGAGGAGGAAGACGCCGAACUUCCCAAACUGGAGGACCUGCAGGGGGCAGCGCAGGCACUGAUGAGGCUUCAGGACGUCUAUGCUCUCCGCGUCGCGAGCCUUGUAAAGGGUCAUUUCCAAACAGUGACAAACGGAAAACCCACAGAUAUCUUCACUCCUGCAGUCUCUGUCCCGCUGUCUGGUGACGACUGCUUCCUGGUUGGAAAGGUGGCCUAUGAGGAGGAGGACUACUAUCACUCGGUGCAGUGGCUGGAGGAGUCGGUGCAGCUCUUCAGAGGAACGGGAGGCGAGUGGAGUCCAGAGAACCAGGGAACACUAGAGGACGCUCUGGAUCACCUGGCCUUCUCUCACUUUAAAACAGGAAACGUCUCCAAAGCGCUGAGUCUGUCUCAAGAGUUACUGCACUACGAUCCGAUGAACGAAAGAGUGUUGCGUAACGUCGAAAAGUACGAGAAGCUGCUGGUUGCUGCUAAACCGCGACGGAGCAGAGGGUUAAAGAGACCGACGUCCACUCAUUUGAGGACAAGAGACACUUACGAGAGACUCUGCCAGACCCGAGGCUCUCAGCCAAUGCAUUUUGAAAACCCCACACUUUUCUGCGACUACUUCACCAACGACGACCCGGCUCUGCUGCUGCUGCCGGCGAGACGCGAGGUGUUGAGCCUGCAGCCGUACGUGGUUCUGUACCACGACUUCAUCACCGACGCAGAGGCCGAGGACGUCAAGACGCUCGCUCAGCCCGCAUUGAGAAGGUCUGUGGUGGCGGCUGGAGAGAAGCAAGCGACAGUGGCGUAUCGCAUCAGCAAGAGUGCAUGGCUGAAGAAUACAGCUCAUCCCGUCGUCGGGAAGCUGGACCAGCGGAUCUCGAUGCUCACAGGUCUGAACGUGCAGCAUCCGUACAGCGAGUAUCUCCAAGUGGUCAAUUAUGGGAUCGGCGGCCAUUACGAACCUCACUUUGACCACGCUACUUCUCCUUCCAGUCCUGUGUUCAAUUUGAAGGCUGGGAAUCGAGUGGCGACCUUUAUGAUAUAUCUCAGCUCUGUCGAGGCAGGUGGAUCCACUGCCUUCAUCUACGCCAACUUUAGCGCUCCUGUCGUCGAGAAAGCUGCCAUCUUCUGGUGGAACCUUCACAGAAAUGGUCAGGGUGACUUUGACACGCUGCACGCCGGCUGUCCUGUGCUGAUUGGAGACAAGUGGGUGGCAAACAAAUGGAUCCACGAGCAUGGUCAGGAGUUCCACCGUCGCUGUAGCCUGAACCCUGAAGAGUGAGAGGAGUGGAGCAUCUGUUUUUCGGGUCCCUUGGGGCAAAAUGAGUGCAGGAGCCAGCCUCUGAAAUGAGAGGCACACUCGCAGGCAGCCAAAAAAAGUGAACACGCAGUCAGGGCGGGGAGGUGAGAAUAGAGGGGGGAGGCUGCUGCAUCUGGAGCCUGGAGCUCGCAGCGAACACGCCGAGGGGUGGGGCAGAAGUUGGCAAACGGCCCCCAGAGGCCAAAUACUGUUCCUGCAGAUGGAAAGAGGCCUCUGCUGCUGCACACUGUGACGCUUUCAGUUUACUGUGUCAGGUUGUUCUUAACGUCCUGCUUUUUUAAAAACUGACAUCUUACGCAGCUGCAGCUGUUUUUUUUCUUUUUUUAAAUUCAUUUGUAAAUCCAGUCACCUCUUGGCUGAAAAACGCCUGUGUCGGGUCAUCUGCGACCACAGGACGGCCGUUCACGCCAGAGUUAUGAGUCAGUUGCUGUCAACAUUUGAGGGAUUCCUAGGAUUUUUUUUUUAUUUGUCACGUGUACUGAGAGAGACACACGAGGAACACACCCUGUCUUGUUAUUGUGCAAAACAUAAUCAGAUAUGUCAUAUAAAGAUAUAAAAAAUCAUGUCUAAUUAAAUGUAUAACACGUACAUUCAAUAACACUGGAGUUAGCCAGUGUUUACCUCACAAAAACAUUAUUGUGAGUGAAUGAUUAAAUAUUAGUUCACUAAAUUACUAGUUACAAUGAAGAAAUUAUUAAUUAACCAUUAGCUAAUUGUAAGCUAAUGGUUAAAUAAUGAUUAUGAUUAAUCAAUUAUUAAGUAACGUUAAUAGAAUCAGUUUACAGAUUACUUACCAUUAACUAAUGAUUAAUUGGCCAUAAAAUUCUCAAUGAUUAGUUUUUAUUAGUUAACCAUUACACAAUAAUAGUAGUUUAUUAGUUAUUGACUAGUGACUGUUAAAUAAUGAUAGCUAACCAUAAAACAGUAAUAGUAAAUAAUUACUGAACAUUAGUUCCAUUAACUAAUGACUAAUUUAUCCACUAAAGAAUGACGGUAAAUAUUAGUUCAUGAUUAUUAAAAUAAGUUAAGAUCAGUUGUCAUUCAGUAAAUAAUCAUGUCAUAAUUAGUUACAAUUAACUAAUGACUAAUUACCCACUAAAUAAGGAUGGUAAAUAAUUAGUUUCCCAUGCCCGGUUAUUUAAGUAUGAAUGGGACAUGACAGGGAACAUGUGUGAGGAGGCCAAAAUAGUUAGUCAAUGAAAUAGUUUAUAAUGAAUGAUUUAUGUUAUUGAAUAAUUAGUCCAUGAUUAGUUAUUUUGACACUGAGCGAACACUGUGUUUUCAUCGUGUGUCUAUGAAUCUCACCAUCACGCGGGACAAAUGAAUCACACAUGUCUUCCUUUUCGACUGAGCUCAAGAGUUUCAUCAGCUCGACCAGUGACUGUGAACGAUGUCUGUUCCACAUUACGUGUCUGAACUCCCACACACCACUAAUGCUGUUCUGAAUGCCACGCAAAUAAUCUCCAAAUAUCUGUGUCUGAGUGAGUCCUAGCUCAGACAGCAGGCCUUCUCUGUAUGUGACUUCUCUUGUGGCCAGCUGCUGUUUUUAACGCCACAAGUUUUCAUUUUUACUGCUCACACAGACGGAAAUGCUCCACAAACGCACAAAAACACAGAAAAUAUGAGCAUAUUUACAUGAUGUUCUCUCCAAAAACGGGAUUUACUGUGAUUCCUGCUUAUAGUGUAUGUCUUUAAUAAAUGUGAUCAUCAUAUCAUAGAAAGAA